AUGAAUGAACAUAACAAUGUUAUUUCUGAUGUUGAUAAACAUCAAAAAGACUAUCAAUUUCAUGAUAAUAUUGCAAUAAUUGGAGGUGGAAAUAUGGCAAGAGCUAUAAUUCAUGCAUUAAUUAAAGAUAAAUUUAUACCAAUAUCUAAUAUAUAUAUAAGUGUACGUUCUUCUGAAACAUGUAUUGCUUGGAAAGAAGAUGGUUUCCAUAAUUCUUUUACUUCAAAUGAAGAAAUGUUUAGUCUUCCUAAUACAAAUUUUAGUUUAAUAUUUCUUUGUGUUAAACCUCAAACAUACAAUUCUUUAUUAUUGCAAUUAAAAAAGUCAUACUUUGUACAUACAAAUGGUAUCAUAUCUGUAAUGGCUGGUAUUACAUUAGAACAAUUGUAUGAAGAUUUUGUAUCUUUAAAUUAUCAUAAAAGUAUCAUACGUUUAAUGCCAAAUAUUUCAUGUCAAAUUUCAAAAGGCAUAACAUUAUUAACCUGUGAUAAUGUUAAUACUGAUCCAGCAAUAAAAGACAUGACAAAAUGUAUAGCAAAAUGUAUGGGUGAAUGUCAUGAAUUACAAGAAAGUUUAUUUGAUGCAGGAGCUGCUAUAAGUGGUUGUUCUCCAGCUUUCAUUUUUACUAUUAUUGAGGCUCUUGCUGAUGGUGGUGUAAAAAAUGGGUUAGCAAGACAUUUAGCUUUAAAACUUGCUGCACAAACAGUUGCUGGAGCUGCUGAAAUGGUUAAUCAGCUUGAGAUUCAUCCAAGUGUUUUAAAAGAUAAAGUAUGUAGUCCUGGAGGAACAACUAUAGCUGGUAUUGCUGAGCUAGAAAAAAGGGCUGUACGAUCUGCUUUUAUUGAGGCAAUAACAGCAUCUUGUGAACGUGGAAAAGAAAUGGGAAAAAAAUAA